GGAGCCAAGUUCCAAAUCUUGCUCAGAGCUCUUCUUCCAGGUGCUGCAGUAGAACUCACCACAGUCACUGCUCGCGAAUGGGAAUCGUCAAUCUCAGAAUACCUCCCCUCAUACCCAUCCCGCACAAUCCUCGGCCGCAUCCGCAACCUCAAUGUCGAGCUUUUCCACACCUACCAUUCUCUCCACGACGAAUUGUUAUCUCUGGGGUACUCGGUGCGCCCCUACGAUUCCAACAAAUGCAUGUCCAUUUAUGCAGACACCGAAGUCAAGAACCGCACUCUGGUGCAGAAGCUGCAGGAUCAGCUUUAUGAAGCUCUCAGGGCUGACGGUGAGGAUAUUGGAUAUGGAUUGGUGGCUGCUACACCGGCAGACAUGAUGUUGGUGUUGAAACUCGAUCGUCAAAGAUACAACCCCCAAAACCCAUGCCCAGAAACCAUCACAACCAUCGAAGCCACCUACGACCUUAUUGGCUACAUACUCGACAACGACGUCUUCCUCACGUCCCCCGAAACCCACGUCAAAAACUUCUACCUCGGUCGUCCUCCCUGGAUAAUCUACAAAUUGCUCGACAAGACCGUAGCAGCCGGAUACGCACGCUUCCAACAAGAAGAAAAGCAGGAAAAAGUCCCACAAGAGGGAAAAGAGAAAAGCCAAGAAGAGUGCUGCGUCCGGGAAAAGGGAGCAGAGCAAGAGAGACAAGGCGUGCUUGGAAGCAAAUGGAAAGGAUACAAGAAGGGGUGGAAAAGCUACAGAAAACUUCCAGAUGUGGAAACGCCCACAACAGAUGCAGAGGCGGGCGCUGAAGAUGACAAACAGAGGCUGGAGAAGGAGAUAGAGAUUGGCCUGCAGAAGUUGAGCAUCAACCGAACCAAGCAUCGCCCCGCCGAAGCCGUGCAGAUUGGAAAAGACAAGUUGGAUAUCAAAGAGGUGCCAAAGAAGAACGGAGUCUGGGGCAUGCAGCAGUCGAAGAAGGAUUCAAGAAUCGCAGAGAUCAAAAAGCCUGGCUGGUUCUUCUCCGGAGAAGACUUUCUCAAGGAUGGAUAG